CAACAACUCAGACCUUCUAUCACAGAACAAUUCGUUCUCAGAAUCUCCAAACGUCCAGAUACACAAGCUUUAGAACAAGUUUUAGCAUAAUGAAGCUUGUUGUGUUUAUCCUACUAAUCACCACCACAAUGGCAGUGCCUUACUUAUCCUCUAUUCAGACCUGGCUAGCCAGCUUCCAACAACCCUUGAAGAGCCUCAUUGACAAUCCACUUCGAAGAUCCACAAUACCUCAAUUCAUUCUCGAUGCAAGACACCCAUGGAUUCUUGCUAACCAACGCAAGCUUGAAAGACUCCCAAACGCAGAGGCUUUCCUGUGCUCUAACCCUGACUCCGAUUCGAAGGAAGAAACAGAGAAAGAACCCCAAACAUGUACAACAGAGCUAGAAAUACCAUCUGAUAUCUUCGACAACCUUGAAAUCGACAACAACCGAGCAGGAAUCUCGCGACCCGGCUGGCCGAACGCUCUCGAAAGACUUGGCGAGAUGAAGCGAUGCCAGCGAGCACUCAAUCAAGUCAAGACGCUGGAAGUCGACAUUUUUGUCCACCGCGAGAAAUACUCGGCCCAAUAUUUGAAGAUCCUCGAGCAUUUCGAAACACCAGAAGCGCUGUUGACUCUUUUUGGAGACGUCCUAGAGUCUAUGACGAACCUCGAGACACUUAAAUGGAAAAUUCCCAAGGAGUACACACACUCUUUUGAGGAGGCAUUUACUGCGAGGAAUUUAAGUCUGCCGUCUAUCAAGCACCUCGAACCUGGACCUUCGAGUCAUUAUCUGGUCAGUAUGUGUCCGAAUCUGGAGAGACUCGAGAAUGGUGGUGGAUUUAUGUGGUAUCAUGGAUAUAUGCCUGAUGGCCGUGACUGGGCAAUGAUGCUUAUUCAAGCUGCGACAUCGACACCGAAACUUAAGCGGUUUGCUAUGGUGGGUGGACACGAUGGAUGGACUCCAGAACGAAUUUCUGAGGUUGUAAAAUGUAUACCCCAAAUAGAAAGUCUCGGAUUGCUUGGAUCUCUGGGGAGAUGGCACGAUUAUACUGGAUAUGACACUGGAGAUAGUGGAAAAUUGAAAGUCGCAUUAGAGAUUCUGUCCGAACUCCAAAACCUAACACAUCUCGACCUUGGUCCCUCGUCGGACCUGGAUCGUGGCUUUGAUGGUGGGCCGGGUUGCGGAAAUGCCUAUUUCGGCAAGGGGGGCAGGAAGUACUUGCGUCAAGUCACCAGACAGGGGGCCGAGGCAACGGAGAAAGGAGGGAAUAUUGUGGUAGAGACUUUGCCCCGUUUGAAGAGCUUUACGAUUGGAGGAACGAAGGCGAAUGUUACACGGGUUGAAGACAAGAUGGUGAAUGCGACGUGGCCUUGGACGGGGAGGAUGGAUGAGUGGCUGAUGGAGGUUGUACCUGAGCGAUCGGAGCUUUGGGAUGUCGAGUAUGAUCGUAUGUAGAGUAUGUUCUUGGAAAUCAUGAAUGAAUGCUCAAUGGUAUACUUUUCGAGGUAUU